CGGUCCAGCGUUGUAUAGCCAAGCGUUUAAUCCACUUCAUGUCACAUUUUAUAUACUGUAUACGAAUUGUGUUUACACUGCAGUUCCAAGUAUUGUGAAACAGUCGACGAGAUGGAAGAUUCGCCGGAAGAGCCUCGGCGGACAAACCAAGAUGACGAAGUAAUGAAUAUAGAUUUAAAAACACAUGGCGAUCCAUUCACGAUCUCUUUACCCGAGGACACCUUCAAGAUCGAUACAGGAGAAAGUGAUUUCAAAGAUUUUGAUUCUCGCCGUGAACGUCGCAGCCACCAUGAUUCCAACCCUCAUAACAAGCGGCGUGAUGAGAAUCCCCAUGGCAACCGCCACGAAGGUGAUAUCGAAAGUGACUCUCAUUCAAACGGUGUUUAUAUCCAGAAACCGCGCACGUACCUUGUACACUCAGUGGUAGGCUGCAUACUAUGCGUCGUUCCACUGGGAUUGAUAAGUCUAUAUAUGUCAUAUCAGGUGUAUAGUGCUGUGAAGAAACGGGAUUUCCGAAAAGCAAAAUCAUCGUCCAAAUGUGCAUGUCAGUUGUCAGCGGCUAGCAUCAUCUGUGGUAUCAUCAUAUUGGUGUUAGUCAUAGGAAUAGUUAUCUACUCCAGGUCGGAUACGAGCUCUGCAACCCAGUCGCCAUUCAACACUACGGACCCAAUAUGA